CAUCUCGCGGGGUCGGAGGGGGGGAUGCGGGGACCGAUCUUUCCCCCCAUUCUCCGGAGUCACAGCUCCCCAGGAUCCUGUCCUGCUCUGAUCUGGGAGUCCUGUUCUCUUGUAUACCCGAGAUUCUAGGAUUGGGGUUCCGGCUACACCCCUUCCUCCUUUUUGGUUGGCUGGGCGGGGGGCUUUAGUGGGGCGGUCCUCGCCCUCUUCCGAGCCCGGGUGCUUCCGCUUCUGCCACGGUUGGACCCCCAGUCCCUCCAGAAUGGGUUCCGCACAAACUUCCUGCGCUAAGGGAAUAUUUCUGCCCCCGCCCGGUUUUGGGGUCCUCUCUACUCCCGCAGCCGCCGCAGACCCCCUCCGUCUCGCUGCGCGCCCGAGACUCCCUUCCCGGGCCGGCCCCGCGAGGCUGCGUGUGGGGCCGGGCAGCCGGCGGAGGACCUUUCUCCAUCUCCUUCCCCAGCCGGUGCACUCGCCUGUCACACGCCUAGGUGUGGCUGUCAGCCGCUGGUUGUGCAGAAGCAUAUUCCCUGGCCUUGUGGACAGACCCGGGUGUUGCGGGCUCCAAAGUCGGGAAACCAGGGGUUUCGUCCUCCUCCGCGCCGGCUCACCCUCUCACCUUGGCCAGAAAGACGGUCGCCCUUCCUCCGGCAGAGGCCCCUCAUUCCGAAUCUCAUUGUGACAUAGCGUCUUAAGGAAGCCCGCGCCCAGGCCGGCCUGUUGCUAAGCGGGAGCUUGGUCUUCCAAGUUCCUCUUCGGGCUAAAAGAAAGGGAAGCGACACUCUCCCUUCCGAGCAUCCGCGGGUUGUCCCCCAUGCCUGGAACGCUCUCCCUCCUCCCGUCGGCUCGUCCAAAGGCAGGCUCCCUCAACAGGAAGCCUCUUCCAACUCCUCUUGGUUCUAGUGCCUUCCUCCUCUACCCGGCCUAGAUCCAGUGAUUACUUCUGGCGGAAAGAGAAGAAUGCCUCUCUUCUUCCGAAAAAGGAAACCCAGUGAUGAAGCUCGGAAACGCUUUGAGUACCAGAUGUGUCUGGCAAAAGAAGCUGGUGCAGAUGACAUUCUUGACAUAUCUAGAUGUGAACUCUCAGAGAUUCCAUUCGGGGUUUUUUCCACAUGCAAAGUGCUUCAGAAGAAGGUGUUGAUUGUUCAUACAAAUUUUCUCACUUCUUUGGUUCCCAAAUCUUGUAACCUCCUGAACCUUGGAACAAUUAAGGUUUUAGACCUUCAUGAUAACCAACUAACGGCUCUUCCUGAUGCUCUUGGACGGCUAGCAUCUCUUCAGGUCUUGAAUGUUGAAAAAAAUCAAUUGAAAUGUCUUCCACAGUCCAUUGGGGACCUGGCCCAGCUCCAGACCCUCAAUGUGAAAGAUAACAAACUGAAGGAUCUACCUGACACUUUGGGGGAACUUCGUAGCUUACGAACUCUUGACAUCAGUGAAAAUCUGAUACAGAGACUGCCUCAGAUGCUGGCUCAUGUCCGGACCCUAGAGACUCUGAGCCUUGACGCUGCAUCCAUGGUUUACCCCCCGGAGGAUGUGUGUAGUAUGGGUACCAAGGCCAUUCAACAGUUUCUCUGCAAAGAAUGUGGGCUUGAGUACUACCCACCCUCCCAGUACUUGCUCCCAGUGUUGGAAAGAGAUGGAGGAGAGACUUCGGUGGAUAGUACUGAUGGACUAAUUUGCAGCUAUGUAAAGGAAGAGACUGAGUGGCAGAAUAAAUUCUUAGAUUAUGAGAAGAGAAAGGAACAGAAAAUGCUGGAGAAAUUAGAAUUUGAACGUCGCCUAGAAAUCGGGCAGCGGGAACACGCCCAGCUCCUCCAACAAAGCAAUAUUCAAAAGGAUGAGAUCCUGCAGACCGUCAAAGAGGAGCAGUUUCGGCUGGACAAGGGCCUGAGUGAACAUCAGCGCUACCUGGAUGGAGAGCGUCAGCGUCUGCAAGAACAACUGAAGCAAACAGAGCAAAGUAUCUCGAGCCGGAUUCAGAAGCUUCUUGAAGAUAAUCAGAAACAAAGGAAAAAUUCUGAAAUCUUGAAGUCACUAGAAAAUGAAAGGAUAAAGAUGGAACAACUCAUGGCCAUAACCCAGGAGGAGACUGAGAAUCUACGCCAAAGAGAGAUUGCUUCUGCCAUGCAGCGGAUGUUGACGGAGAGCUGCAAGAAUAGAUUCAUACAAAUGACCUAUGAGUCUCAAAAGCAAAAUCUGGUUAAGCAAGCUUGUUCCAGCAUGGCCCAAAUGGAUGAAAGAUUCCAGCAGAUCCUGGCUUGGCAGCAGAUGGAUCAGAACAAAGCCAUCAGCCAGAUUUUGCAGGAGAGUGAAAUGCAGAAAGCUGCCUUUGAAGCCCUUCAACUCAAAAAAGAUCUCAUGCACAGGCAGAUCAGAAACCAGAUUAAGUUAAUAGAAACUGAGUUAUUGCAGUUGACACAGCUGGAGUUAAAGAGGAAAACCCUGGACACAGAGUCACUGCAGGAAAUGAUCUCAGAGCAACGCCAGGCCCUCAGCUCCCUGCUGCAGCAGCUUCUCAAAGAGAAAAGCCAGCGAGAAGAGGAGCUCCAAGGCAUCUUGCUGGAGAUGGAAGCCAAGAAUGAAACUACACAGGAAAAUUACUGGCUGAUUCAGUAUCAACGCCUUUUAAAUCAGAAGCCCUUGUCCCUAAAGCUUCAGGAAGAGGGCUUGGAGCAGCAGCUGGUAACCCUGCUGAGAGAACUUGCAGCCGAACAUUAUCUGCCCAUCUUUGCUCACCAUCGAGUCUCACUAGACAUGCUGAGCCACAUGAGUCCCAAUGAUUUGGCCAAUAUGGGCAUUUCUGAAACUGGCCUGCAGCAUGCGCUGAUCAGGAGAGCCCAGGCGCUGCUGGAUGUGGCGAAAACAUUGCCAGAGUUGCUGCAGUCUGUUGAAGAUGAGGGCCUGGAGGCCCCAGGACCUGCCACUGUAGAAGAGCCCCCUGAGGCUGUGACCCCAACAGCACCCCCUGCACAACUGGAUGUGCAGGCUUCAGAAUGUGUGGUGUGCCUAGAACGGGAGGCCCAGAUGAUUUUCCUCAAUUGUGGUCAUGUCUGCUGCUGUCAAAUCUGCUGCCAGCCCCUUCGAACCUGCCCACUGUGUCGCCAGAAUAUCGUGCAGUGUCUGCGUAUUUACCGCAGUGGCUAAGCUGGGGAGUAGCCUGUUCUUAGACCCCAGAACGGCUCACCAUUAUUCCCUGACACACCAGGCUGCUGGUAUAAGACUAGGGCCCUUGCUUCUCCUCCGUCCAACCCCCUAUUAGAGAUAGCAUGUGGCCCUUUCCUCACAGCUUCCCUCCUCACCCGCUGGGAGGAUGGGCUCUGAUUGCCAAGCACUUUUUCUUCCUGGGAUAAAUAAUUUGCUAAUUUAUACAUGCUUCCUUCAUCACCAGGCCCAUGAAGAGGCUGGUUAUACAGGGUGCUUCUAGAAACAGGAGUCAGAGGUAUUGGGAGAGGAGAUACUAAGGUAUUCUCACCUCACAACAGGAGCAGAGUCCUUAACAGUUCCCACAGAGACUGAAGAACAGGGCCAGCUUACCUCUUCCCUUGCCUCUAGUAACAACACAGGAGCCUAGGACAUUAGAACAGAUUUAGGAGGUCAAGAUUUUGAGCUAUGGUGCCGUCACAAACUUGGGGUUUACUCCCACUAUCAAUAUAGGUCUUUUCCUCAGGGUCUUAGAAGCCCUGCCUUAUGUAGAACAUAGAAAAGUCACUGGGGGAAAAAAGGGCUAACGAUUCACUGAGACCUAGAGGAACUUUGGAGGCGAGACUCCUGGUUGGUCUUGCCCAGGGAGAGAAAUGACAUCCUUUGGCUGGCUGCUCUACAUCUUUGCUUCAAAGACCCAGUGAAGGUUCGGAAGAUCUCUCGGCCAGACUUCUGAUUGGUCCUGACCAAAUGAGGAAAUGACAUUGUUCUCUGUACGUCUGACCUUUGAACGUCUCUGCUUCAGGAGGAUGCUCUCCUAGGCACGGACGGUGGAUGCUGAAGUGGACAGGCAACCUCUGGGCUGUGGGCCCCUUGGGAGAUGGUCAGUAUGAGAUGAUUGAACCCUUGUCCAAAGUACAUGGUGCAGGGUUCAGCCCAGAAAGGCCAACCUGCUCCAGAUGAGGCUUGGGAAAGGGGUUGUUCCUGGAAGAAGUGAGGCUCCUCUGGAGACCCAGCUCUGUGCAUUUGGGAUACAUCAAGGGAGUGGCUACCUACAUUGCAGACUGAUCACAGGCAGCCAACAGGGCUGCACCUGGAGGGAGGCAGGAAGGCACACCCAGCCCCAUCCAUUUCUCUUGUGAUGCUUUGUUUUGUUCAAGUAGGUAGAGCUGCUAUACUGUCCCUUGAACCUCUGCUCCCCAAUGCAGUGCAUGAGCAGGGGGUGAGCGAAGUCUCAAAACAAAUAAAUUUCCACCUUCCCACCCUCA